AUGGCAGACCUCACGCUAGACAUCAGUGAAGUGCAGAUAGUGGUUCACUACCCUCUGGAUGGCGGGGGCUUCUUUUGGCACCACCGGAUCCUUCUUCAUCGUAUCGAAGGAGGUGAAUGGCUGGCCUUGACCCCGGAUCUGGAAAUCACCCGGCACAACUUGGGGACUCAUCGUCAUCGGGUUUUGGAUCGGGCCGCCCCCUUCCCGGCCGACAUCGCUGCGGAGAUCUAUGCUCAUGAUCCUAUUGGCCGAGCGGCUUUGGCCAACUUCAAGCGACAGGCUCAGAUACAGGCUGCCAUCUUGGGUGAAGGGGCCCUCUUGGAUCCUGAAGCCUUCUAUUGGGUGGUCGCCGAGCCGGGGCACGCGGACUUCGGCGAGGUCAUCGAUGCGGCGCUUCUUGGGAACGAGGCGACGGGCCUGGCCUUCACGCUCAAGGGUGUCGUUCUGCGGCAUGGCGAGGAGGUCUUUGUCGAGCGGGUGGGGGUCAAUGCAAUGGUCGAGUGGCGCCGGGCGAAGGGACUGGAUGGAGCAGACAUCCGACUUCUCGGAGAUCACCGCGAUGCGGCCGGGAAGAAGCAGCUGGACCUGCGGCAGGCUGCGCUUCGACUGAUGCACAGUUACGAUCAACUCGACGCCAGUGCCCUUGCUACAGGGGAGCACUUGACUCGCUGGGUGAUUCAGACCGAGCUGGCCGUAGAGCGCAACCCUCUACAACCUGACUACACCGGCUUGGACAUCGUGGAUGGGACGGCGCAGCUACCUGAUGGACGGGCAGCCACGGCGAAAUUCACGGAAUGGGUGUCCACCCGCCUCAAGGAGCGGGCGUCGUUGUGGAAACAGGAGCGACUUUAUCAACAAGAACGACGGCAUCUUCGAGGAAAAGGUCGCGAGACGGACGGUGGCGACGAUAGCGACUCGGAGGAGCAGGGCAAGGGCAACAGGCGGAAGAAGAAGAAGAAAAAGAACAAGGACUUUGCAGAGAAGGGAGAUCAAGGGGGCGAACGCCCCGGGACCACCAUGACUACCUCGGUUUCUGCAAGCGAAUUCAUUCUGGGACAGACUUCGGUCCAUCGGCGACACGGGGAUCCUUUUCCUCUGCCGCGACUUUCCGAUGGUGGGCGAAGCUAUCCCCUUUCUCCUUUUGAACGACUGCAACGGCGAGUCGAUGCUUCGGCUCGGACUUUGAACCACCUCGCCGCAGUCCCUUUUGUUGCCGGCCCAGCCUCUCGGAGAUUGCCUUUGACUCAGGUACAGCAAUGGAUCAUGGACGAUCUUCAUCGGCGGGUAGCCCUCUAUGGCGAGUGCCCCGAGGACAUCACCGAGGACACCGUCAUGGGCGACCUUGGGCGACGCUCCGACCUGUACAACCAGGAGGCCAAACACCUGGUCGGCAUCGACCUGAGCAAGAUCAAAAUUCUGAAGCGGCGCCUGGUCCCGAAGGACGCCAAGACUCUGUCUCCUCCGGAGGCGGUGGGCUACCUCAAGCACUUCGACGAGCUGGUGGAGCGCACCCCUCGAGAGAUGGAGUACUUACGGGCUAGCGGUACCCUAGUGGAACCGUACUGGGAUCCUAGCUUGCGAAGGUCACGGCGGCGACGGCUCGAACUCUACAAGGCCCUCCACGCGGCCAACCUCUUGGACUUCAGACGUCGACGCAAGGCUCGGGUGGGGAUUUUCACGGUGCGCAAAAAGGAUGGGGCCCAGAGGCUUAUCCUGGAUGCGAGGCAGGCAAACGCCUGUCAUAGAGCACCGCCUACGACUCGGCUUUCCACACCCGCAAGUUUGACCGCUUUGGACCUCACGGCUCAGUCACUCGAGGCCGACGGCUUUGGCGGCAUCCUUGGCGACGAUGGACCCACUAUCACUGCGGAAAGCGGUGACGUGGGAGAUUGUUUCUAUAACUUUGCCAUCCCAGAGCUCACCGCGUGGUUUUGCACGGAGGACGCCUUUACACGAGAAGAGCUGAAGGAGGAGCUGGACAUCGACGUGGACGCGGUCUACGACGACGACUACCAGAAGGAGAUUCCCUUGCAACCCGGCGAGAAGGUCUUUUGUGCCUUUAAAGGGGUGCCGAUGGGGUGGUCCUGGGCGUUGUACUUCGCGAACGAGAUUGUCUGCCAUCAGGUGGGAGCUUCAAGCGGCCGCCCAGGGCAAGACGAGAUUCGAGAUCGACGUCCUCCUCCUCGGCUUCUUCCGGGGCACCCGGUGGUGGGCACCUACGUCGACAACGUCCACGUCUUCGGCGGGCGACGAGGCGAGGCCGGAGCCCGGAUGGGAGCCAUUGCGGAGCACUUUGACGAGCUCGGCAUUCCCUUCGAGGUGGAUGGGGUGGAGAACCAACCUCAUAUGGACAGCUUGGGAUUAAGGCUCUCCUUCAACAAUGGGCACAGCCGGGCGAUGGCCAAGCCGGAGCGGGCCUGGAAGCUCUGGCACGCCACACGUGGGCUACUCAGGCGACGGCGACUUUCUGGAGAGCUACUGCGCGUCUACCUGGGCCUGGCCAAUUUUCAUUUUCAGCUGAUGCGACCGGCCCUCUCCAUCUUCUCCGCUUGCUACAAGUUUGCCGCCGACAACCUGGGACGACGAACUACGGUCUGGCCGUCGGUGCGCACCGAGCUCCGAAUGGCAUUGAGCCUCAUUUUCUUGGUCGAGUUUGACAUGUCGGCGACGGUCUGCUCGGAGGUGCACAUCGGGGACUCUUCGGACCGUGGCUACGGAAUGUUGGCUACGGAGGCUACGCACGCCGAACUACGACCGGCGCUCCUACACCAAGAGAAGUGGCGCUUCAUAGUCUCCUCGGAGCCGGACCUACGCGCUACUCCGGGACCCGAAAUCGGAGAAGGAGAACCUCUUGGAUUCCGUGGUGGGGUCCCUCAGGCGGGCCUGGGGCGAGACACUCGUUACGGCCAAGAGCUGGCGGCACGGACCGAGGAGGCUUACACGACCCGGCUUUUCAAACAACGACGCGCCCGGGUACUUGGGCCUCCUCAACCGAGCUCUUCGACAGUGGUUCAUGGACCCUCGAUUCCCCCUCUGGCGCGCACUUGGGACGACCCGAGCCGCUGGAGACUUAUCACCUCGGGCCCAUGGACAAACAUCAAGGAGCACAUCAACAUCAAAGAAGCACGAGUCUGCCUGAUGAGCUUGCGGCGAUUGUGCCGGACUUCUCGCAACUGCGGGAGUACGGCCCUCACCCUCACCGACAGCCUGGUUUCUUGCUUGGCUUUGGAAAAGGGCAGGAGCAGCUCAUCGGGGCUGAAUGCCGUGUGCAGACGGGCGGCAGCUUAUCAGAUAGCCUGUCGCAUACAAUGGCGACUUCGACACAUCGAGACGGACCGCAACAUUGCCGACGCUCCUUCCCGCCAGUGGGGGCCUGACUUGGAACGCAAGGGCUACACCCCGAAGAAGAGACGAAGUGAUAUCGACGACGUCACCCAGGGCAUCCGAGUAGGUGCCGACCUUGAGGGGCUGGGACCAACGACGGCGACUCCUUCAAGCUCUUCUACGAGGCCGCCGCUGCGAUCCUCUUUGGAGACCCCACCAACGACGGCUUCACCAACGACGACGUCAACAACGGCGACUUCCAGGACGGCUUCUACGACACAAGCAGUGUACUUCCUAGAAGUGUUCUCCGGGACGGCGCGACUCACAGAGGCAGUAGUCCAACAGGGCCUCCGAGUACUUCCUGACGUAGAGGUUCACAAAGGUCGUCAAUUUGACAUGCUGCGGCCGGCCAGCCAGAAGCUCAUCUUCGAUGCCAUUCGAGAUGGCAGAGUGUGGGCGGUCCACUUCGGCACGCCAUGCACCGUGUGGAGCACGGCCCGGCACAACUUGAGGAAUCUUCGGCGAGCACGACAAAAAGAAGCGGUCGGCGUGGCGCUGGCGUUGUUCACCGCUAGGGCCAUUCGCUUGUGUAUUGCUUGUAACGUAUACUUCACUUUGGAGAAUCCUCAAAGCAGUCGUCUAUGGGAAUUUGGACCUAUUCGAGACCUUUUCAAGAACCCCAAGACUCACUUCUUCGUGCUGCACAUGUGUGGAUGGGGGGCCCCAUACAAGAAACCUACAGGGAUUCUCACCAACAUGUUAGCCCUAGAGCGCUUGGUCCGCAAGUGUACACGAGAUCAUAGUCAUGUGGCUUUGCGAGGGUCAGAGAGGACAUUCAUUCACGGCAAGCUGCAAAUCCGCAAUCGGGCAGCAGGAGCAGGAGCUUAUCCUUAUGAGCUUUGCCAAGCUUGGGCUCAGGUGCUCAAGCAGCAGAGCCCCUUGGGAGCACAAGGAAAUGCUUCAAAGGGGGACACCGUGGCCUUCCUGAAUGGCCUCGAAACGGCGGCGACCCGAGCUGACCGAGACUCUCCUUCAGCUGCCGGAGGACCUCUUCAGGCGAGCGACGGCAAGGCGCACUACUUCGAGCCCUACCUCCUGGACGCCCGCAGGUACAUCCGCUCGCAUCCGGUCGUCUUCGGGCACUUCACGGCCUCCGACAUCACAGACCUCGUGGGCUACUUCAAGCUCUCAGUCACUCAGCGCACCCUGGACAGCUACCACAAGCACAUCCGCGAGUUCGAAUCGUGGGCCAGAACACACAAUCAUCGUGUGAAUGCCAACAGUUUGGACAGGAUUGUGGUACGAUACAUGACUGAGCUCGCAUUGGAGGAACAGGUCCAGCCUUCCACAGGGGCCUACCUGGUCUUCGGGCUUCAGCUCCUCAGAUGCACCAAGCCCAAGGUGGAGUUCCUGCCCUUGUCCAAGGAGGCCCUGGCAGGAUGGAGAAAGCUAGCUCCAGGAGGCAUGCGCCUCCCCGUUCCAGAGGAGUUCAUCUUUGACUUUGUGCACCUGGCCUUGGACGAAGACCACCUGGACAUCGCCUUCUGCAUGGUCGUGCAGUAUGACACCUACCUCAGGCCUACAGAGUGUUUGGAGUUGAGCCGGGAGCACCUUGGAUUCCCUGCGGGGGGCCGCUACAACAAAUGGUCCAUCGUGGUCGCUCCGUUCCAGCUGGGAGCUACCACAAAGACUGGCAAAUUCGAUGACUCGGUCCUCGUGGCGGACAAAAGCGACCGGGCCUGGCUGACCCAGGCCAUGAACCUCUACGUGCACCGGCACCCCGACAAGCUCUUCCCCAAACUCUCCUUGGCUAAGUACGAGGCAUGGUUCAGACACGCUGCUGACCAACUUCGCUACAGGUCCAAGUGCGUGAUGCCUCACAUCUUGCGACAUUCGGGAGCGUCCAAUGACGCCUUUCACAAGCGGCGCUCUCUUUUGGACAUCCAAAAAAGAGGCAGAUGGGAAGCGAAGAAGUCAGUCUCUCGGUAUGAGAAACAUGCACUUCUCCUCAAACGGUGGGAGCAAGCGGCUACGGAUCGCCUGCCAGCCAUCCGUCGCCGAUCUCAGACACUGCCGACUCGUCUUCUGCAAGCGCUGCGAUGA